AUGCCUUCAGCUAAAUACGCCCACCUCCAUGAGAACGUCCAAGGACCAGGCGACGCUCGCCCCACUGCCCAACAAAUCAUUUCCGAUGACUCCUUAGAAGGAAAGUUGGCAGACAAAACAAUGCUCAUCACGGGCUGCUCCUCAGGCAUCGGGAUCGAAACCGCACGCAGUCUUUCUAGUACAGGGGCCACGCUCUUCCUCACAGCACGCAAUAUCCCCAAAGCCGAAUCCGCUCUCAAAGAGAUCCUAGAGCCAGGCCGAGUCGAGUUAGUUGAGAUGGAAAUGGAAUCUCUCUCCAGCGUUAAUGCAGCCGCGGAGGAUGUCCGAAGACGGUGUAAUGGGAGAUUGAACGUCUUAAUUUGCAACGCGGGCGUGAUGGCCAUCCCCGAGCUGACGAAGACCAAAGACGGGUUUGAGACGCAAUUCGGCGUUAACCAUCUUGCGCAUUUCCUACUUUUCAAUCGCCUCAAUGAUCUACUACUCAAGAGCUCUACCCCAACCUUCAACUCCAGAGUUGUCAUACUUUCCUCUUCUGGACAUCGUGGGAGCGGGAUUAAAGUCGAUGAUUAUGGCUUCGAGAAGCCGGGGAAUGAGUAUGGGUCCUUCAAAGCUUAUGGACAGAGUAAAACUGCCAAUAUAUACAUGGCGAAUGAGAUUGAGCGCCGGUAUGGAGCGAGGGGAUUGCACGCUAAUAGCGUGAAUCCAGGAGGGAUUCACACGGGCUUACAGACUUAUGUUCCUGCGGAUGUGCAGGAACAGUGGUGGAAGUGGAAAGGGGUUAAGAGUUUGGAGCAAGGCGCUGCUACCACGGUCCUUGCUGCUGUGGCGAAGGAUUGGGAGGGUGUUGGAGGUAAAUAUUUGGAGGAUUGUCAGGAGGCAGGGAAACUCGUUCAAGUGGGUCUUCCGUCCGCACCCGGAUAUGUGCCUCAUGCUUUUGAUGAGGGGUUGGAGAAGAAGCUGUGGGUUGAUUCUUUGGGGAUGGUUGGAUUAGAAGAUGAUAACUAG